AUGUUUAGGCGGGUGAGAAAUUUUUUUUACAACCAUAGGCGCAAGUUUCUUUUCGGUGGUGUGUUUUUUGGCACCCUCAUAGUAUUGGCUCGCUAUGCUCGGGGAAAACUACGAGAUUGGCAGGAGAAGGAAGUCAACGAGCUGCUAGAGAGGAGCCGAAAACGUCAACACUUCGAGAGCACCGAAAGAACGUGUGAUCAAACAGUGUUAAAAUUGUCUACUAAUUUAAGAUCAGCUAUUACUAAGUGUCUUAAUUGUGAAAAAAUAGUGAACGAACUGAGAGAGGGAACAGCUGCGAAUAAAAUUGCAGCAUGGAAUACUUUGAAAAACCUGGCCAUAACAAAGUCUGCUACCAUCAUAUAUUCGUACACAAUGCUUGUGAUAACUUUGAGGAUACAAUUAAAUAUAUUAGGUGGCUAUAUGCUUAAAGAUUCUAAAAUUCCAGAGGAUUCUGUACAGGAUCAUGAUAGAAUAGACGAUGAGAUGAGAGAAAAAUAUUUGUCGUUGUGCAGUUAUUUGAUGGACGAUGGAGUGAAGAAGCUUGCCAAACUCAUUCAAAUGAGAGUUGAAGAAAUCACAUCUACUUAUUCACUUUCUGACAAAUUGCAUCUGCGCGACGUACAGCACAUCUAUUGGGCAUUAACUUCUACAAUAUCAGCAGUAGAAAAACAAGAUCCUGUAAAAAAUUCUGCUGCUUACAUUAUUUCUUCUGAAUUUAUUAUGAACAAUCAUUCCAAUAAACCACUAAGUAAAAUUCUUGACCAAACUCUUGAUUUAUUGGAAAGUCAAGAAGUACAAGAUUUAAUGCAAAAUAACUUGAGAAGUGGUUUUGCCUUAUUAAUAGACAGAUUGUCUGAAUACUUCAAUGGAGAGAAUGACGUUACGAAUCAAGAUAAUGUAUUUGUAAAUUUAAAUGCAGUGUCAAUGCCAGUAGCCAAAAUAAUUCCUAUACUAAAUGGACAAGUGCCAGAGAAUCCUACGCCAGGUGAUUUAUCAUCUGAUUGGCUGCAAAGACUGUUACUCAGUGAAGAAUUAAAAGCUCUAGGAGCCAAUAUUUAUGAAGCUUUUUGUUAUUAA